GGGUCGGAAAGGUGUUUCUAAGGCACAUUGAAUUUGAUUAUAGAAGAAGAAAAAAAAAUUGCUAGAAGAAAAUCCUUUUUUUUGAAAUAAAAUCCAAACAUAAGCACAAAACGGGAAAAUAGAUUUUUCUUGUUUGAAUUUGUGUUUGAUUACCAACUCGAAGCGAAAACCGUAAAAAAAAUCAAAUUAAAAUUUUAUUAUUGUCCGUUCAUUUGAAAGGUAUUUACCAUUAAAAAAAACUCACUUCAUAUAUGACGAGUAUUUUGUUUGUUCUUUUAAGAUAAGCAAGUAAAUGUUAUGAUAUAACUAGUGCUAAAGGAUAUCUGCUUCAAUAAAUCAUGAUAAGUAUUUGGUACAACAAUAACGAUAACAAUAGGGACUGGGUACGAAUUGCUGGUCGAUAGUACCCAUUAUACCCUUCAAAAGGGUUAAGAACAUCAUUCAAGAAACCAACCACAUCCCAACAGCAGCAACCUCAAAAUCAAAUACAACAACAAAAAUCGGCAACCAGUGGUUCAACGCCAUCGUCAAAUAAAUUGCAAGAUAAGAUGGUCGGAAAACGUGAUAUCAAACGUGGAUCACUCCAGCGCACAUCAGAAGGCGGUGCUUAAAAAACAAAGAGCUUGCAAUUUUCCGUAAAAUCUGUAAAACAAUCAUCUCUGUUUGAACAUUUAAUUUUGGGUCAGUGUUGACGUUUCUAACAAAAAGAAAUGUAAGAAAGGAACGGAAAAUAUCAUAAAGUUGAUAUUUUACAUUAUUUUUCUCCACAAAGACUAAACGAAAUGCAAAUCUGAGGGUAAAAAGACCAAGCGAAAAACGUAUAAACAGAACAUGAUUAUCCGACGCAGUACAAAUUUGGUGGGAAAGUUCACUCAGAGUGUUCGUCGCAUAGUUCAAGAUGUUAAAGACGAGCCACCGGCCAGUGGUAUGACCAGAGAUGAAGUUAUCGAAACAAAUGAACGAUUACGGGCCGUUCGUAUUCGACUGGAAGAAUCGUAUGACACCGCCAAAAAAUCAUUAGUUACGUUGAUGAAUAAAUAUGGCGAUUCGAAAACCCACCGAAACAUAUUCAAUCGUUAUCCAUUAUUGAAAAUUAUGAUAAAGGACGUAAUCAAAUUAGAAACUCAGUACUGGACCCUUGUCGAUAUUCCGAAGCAAGAGAAACAGGAAACGGUACCCUCCUAUGUGAUGCGAGCUUGUUCGAUUAUGGAAAAGACACAAAAAUCCGGUGAAGGUGUUAAAACGUCGGCGCGUCUAGCUGAAGAGGCAGCCGAACGAAAGGACCGUAUGGAACGAUUAGAAACAAUGACCACGGUUAUAAUUGAACAAGAGAAUACCCAAAUGAUAAACGACCUGUAUCGGCUGCUAAAAAAGUACUCUGGUUUGCGUAAUCUAAUUCGAGAGUUGAAGUCAGAGUAUGGUGAUUCAAAAUUGUAUCCAAUAUUUCCACGAUACACAAUGCUAAAGGAUAUGAUAAAGGACAUUAUGCACAAUCCCGAUUACAUGGAAGUUUGUCACGAAGUUGAUAACUGAAAUAAAAUUCGCCAGGACAGUGUUAUCGUCUACAUCAUCAUCACCAUCAACAACAACACCAACGCCAUUGUCAACACCUUAUAUGCGAGUAUAUACAUGACGUUUUUACUAUUAAAUUUUUGAAUAAUUGAAAAUUGUUUUCUCGUACACUCGGAAUGCUUCCACAUUCUUUCUAUUAAAUUUCUCUUUUUUUUUUCGUCGGAGUUUAUGAAAAUCUGAUAUUCAAUAAUAUUUUUUUGAAAAGAAGGAACUUCGGUAUAUAGCCAAACCAUUUUGAUAUUAAAUAUAUUAAAUGUGCUGAGUCUGAUGCUGCUGUUGAAUGAAUGUAUUGAAAACUUUUAUUGUUGUUGUCGUAGAGAGUGUAUUUAAAUUCGACUGCAAAUUGUUCUUUUGUUUCAUAUUUAUCCGAGAAUAUUUUUUCUGUUAGUAAAACGCUACUGGUUAGCGUCAAAUUUAAAUACAUUCUGGUCGCAUUUAUUUCUACAAAAAUUUCAAUAUUUCAUGAACAAGCUAAAAUCUGAACUGGGGACCGGCCAAUCUUAAGAAUUUCCUUCUACUCCAUCAAUUCGACUUUUCUGUUUACAAAUAGUUGCACAAUACGAUUCGCCCACUCCCACCCAUCUUUAUUGUUACAUGCUUCUUUACACGCGAUGCGUUCAUCAUUUGUUGUUGUAUUCUUCUCCACCGAGUGACCUCAUCUACGUCAAAAACCCUCUAGGAUAAAUGGGAUGACUCCAAAAAGAGUCAAGUAGCAAAAGCUGUUGUGCAAAAUCAUAUAACAACUCUCUUAGAUUGAUUCUUUAAUGAUACCCACCCAAUCUCUAGAUUGGACACUACAGCGUAUUUUUAUCUUGUUUUGUAUUCUUCCUUUGCCAUCCGUCUUAAUUUCAGUAGUUCGUUGUUAUCUGCACAAUUUCUCAAAAUUUAGUUUCUACCAACUGAUAAUUGAGUCUCAGCUUAGUACAGGGUAUUGGGUACACACACAUAGAGAAAAAACCAACUGAAAAUAAACAUCGCGGUGGCUAUGAACUGAACAUUGUAUCUCCCUGAUUCCGUACAAUGAAUGUGUAGAUGUCCAGUGUUUUCUCUCUCCGUGAUAUAUAUCAGCUGAAUGUAGGCAAUUAUUUUGCAUAACCCCAAACACAAAUAAUUUAGAUUUAAAACCAGCAAAUAAGUUCGAACUAAACGUAUAAGGAUAUUAGUAAUUAUGUUCAGAAAUUGAACAAUGGGAAAGGCGUUCACUUUCACUAAAUCGCCUUUCGCUUUGUUCACUUUCAGUUUUAUAUUUUUGUGCUCUAAAAUUUAUACUUUUUAUGAUAAGAAAAUGUACAGUUGAUUAAAAAUGUAACCUAGGACAUACAUUUGGUUUUGUGGAUUUGUACGUAUUAUAGCGGCAAUUUAAACUGCAAAUAACGCGCAAAAUCCUUGACCAUGGCUAAUUUUACAAUUAGAUUUAUGAAUGUUACUUCAAGCGGAAAAUCAUAGAAUGACUGAAUUUCACAAAUGAUUUACACUGACGAACACCUGAACGUAAGGACGUGUUAUCAAUCUCUUAUUUCUACUCUCUUCUGUCAUUUCUCCAUAACGAAAGCAUAGCAAAAUGAGAAAAGUGAGAAAAAGAGAGCAAUAACAGAAAUGUAUCAGGAUAAAAAGGCACUUCCGGGUGUUCAGUGGUGUAAUUGAUUUAUUGUGAUUUAAUUUCAGCAAUUUUCUGCCCAAAAUAACAUUCCUAAUGUAUAAAAGUCGAAAAGCCUUGUCAUACGCCAUAGAGCCAAAAGGUAAUCUACCUGAUGUAACACACAAAGGCUCGGAACAGGGCAACCUGAACAUGACCCAAAAAUACCUGAAUCCGUUUUGACCUGAAAGUUUCAAGGCUGAGAGGCGACUUUUCUACUCGGUCAAUAUCGCCCUAUGGACGAUAUUAUCAUUUUCUGAACGAUAUCGUUUUUUGGACGAUAAUAUUUUUUCCAACAAUUUUUUGAAAGAAAAUUUUAGAAAUAUCUAAAAGUUGUAAAAAAUUGUAGGAAUUUUUUCGAAAAUUUUAGAUACAGUUUUCUAUAAAACAGUCUUUGCCUGAAACUGAUAUCAUUUCUCAGCUAGCUUCAACCUUAAACACUGAAAUUUCAGGCAAACCUGGAACCGACCUGAUCAGGUUUAGAUAAAUCAGAUUUAGAUAAAUCAGAUUCUGGUCAGGUCAUUUUGUCUUUAUGUCACGUAAACUUUCAGAUUGGGUUGUUUUUUUCGGCUAUUCCGAGCUAUUUCCGUUUCAUAAUUUUAAAAGAAUUUAAAAGGUACACAUCAUUUAACACCAAAGAAUGAAGGAACAGUAAAUUUAAUAAUAAAAAUAGUCUAAUGUGUGCGUAAACAGCAAACAAAUUGAUAAAUAAACUAUUUUCAUCAUUAACUGUAAAUCAUAUAAAGAUCGAUAAAAAAAAAUAAAAAAAAAUUAAUAAAAAAAAAUAUUUAAAUAAAAGGAACGUAGUUAAUCACAAAAAUAAAUUUCUUAAAUUCGUAAAUUUAUAACAAAGUAAGUAAA